UACUGAGCUCAAACUAGAGCACUACUAUGCUGAGCUCACUCAACAACCCAUCAUCCUCCUCCAUCAAAUCCCACGACGACCAUGAUUCCGAAGAAGACCCCCACCCCCACCCCCAACACCAACACCAUCACCACCAAUUCCCGCCAAACCCUAAUUUCCAUGUCAGCACCGCCGCCACGCCAUCGCCAUCGCUAUCGCCAUCGCCGCGUGAGCUUCUCGUCGGCUGCGCCGACCUGUUCGGCCGCGGCGACUUCCCCGCCGCCCGCCGCCUCGCCGCCUCCCUCCUCUCCUCCUCCUCCCCCCUCGGCGACUCCUCCGACCGCCUCGCCCACCGCUUCGCCCGCGCCCUCCUCCUCCUCCUCCCCCCUCAACAUCACCAACAACAUCAACAACAUCAACAACAUCAACAAGAAUUAUCAUUACUAGUAGACGACGAUCCUCCCCAGCAGCCGCAUCAUCCCCACCCCUACCUCUCCUUCAACCAGAUCACCCCCUUUCUCCGCUUCUCCCACCUGACGGCAAACCAAGCCAUACUCGACGCCGCCUCAUGUGGCCGCGCUCCUCCAGCCCGCCGACCUCCCCGACCCCCCGGCUUCCGCCGCAUCACCGCGCGCAGGCCACCGACCCGCGUCCUGUCCCCGCCUCGACCAAGCCGGGGCCCACUUCGCCCCGCUCUUUCGCCGCGUUCCCUCAACCUCCCCUCCACUCCACCCCUCCUCCUCCCCUCCCUCCCCCUCCCACCUCGCCCCAUCUCCGCCGCUCUCAAUUCCCUCCCCCCUCCCCCCUUCCCCUCCGAAACCCUCGCCCUCAACUUCCCCUUCUUCCUCCACAAACUUCUCUGCAACGAUGACCAGCUCGUCGUCGACUUCCUGCGCUCGAUAAAGGCGAUGAAUCCGGCGGUGGUGACGGUCGCCGAGAGAGAGGGCUGCGGCGGCGGAGGAAACUUCGUGCAGCGGUUCGUCGAAGCGGUGGACUACUACGCGGCGAUGUUCGAGUCGAUGGAGGCGACGGUGCCGCCGGGGAGCCGGGCGCUCCUCGGGCGCGAGAUCGAGGCCGCCGUCGCCUCCGCCGCGGCGGCCGCGAAUUCGAAUUCAAAUUCAAAUGCAAAUUGUUUGCGCCGGCGGUUCGAUCGGUGGGAGGCGGCGAUGACUGCAGCGGGCUUCGCGGGGCGGCCGCUGAGCGGGUUCGCGCUGUCGCAGGCGCGGCUGCUGCUGCGGCUGCAUUACCCUUCGGAGGGCUACAGGCUGGAGAUGAUGAGGGGUGCCUUCUUCUUGGGGUGGCAGAGUAAGCCCCUCUUCUCUGUCUCCUCUUGGCACUGAAGCUACGCACUACUCAACAUUUUGCAAACAACCCCUUCAAAUAUAUAUUCGAGCAUAUAUAUAUAUAUAUAUAUUUCUAACAAUUUUAAUCAGUUAGUACAAUGAAGGAGUAGUAGUAGUACUGCUGCUGCUGCUGCUAAUGGAUCAUAAUUUAAUUUCUUUAUUAUUGUUAUUGGCUAGCUAGCUAUUUAGAUC